AUGCAGGAGGGCAUUCUGUGCGCCGCGACCAAGAAGCCGACGACGGACCCCAGCGUCGCGACGCGCGAGUACAUCCAGCACCUCGAGUCGCAACAAGCUCGCCUCGUGAGCGCCCUGCGCCUGCUGGCCCGGCCCCCGCAUGACCUGGACGAUGCACAACGGGAGGACAUCGUGAACAUAUUGAAGAACUCCGGUGUUAAGGAGAGCGCAGCGCGCAUGCUGGCCUUUAGAGAUGCAGGAGACGAUAACCAGGACGACAUUCGAGGGCUCAAGCGCAGAAGGACCGAGCGCGACGACAUAGACGCUGGCAUCGAGGCAGAUCCCCCGGAGCAUCUCCCAGUAAUGAGCUCUUCGAUUGUCAAUCAAGACAGUAAUCCGGUGUUUACGCCUUCCCAAGCCGAAGACUCGAAACCACUAUUUCAACAAGACCAAGAGCUCUCAGACUUGUUGGUGGCAUUCGAUGACCCAGACACAUUGUUGAAGUCACUUCUAGAACAGGCAGAGUCGGACAUGGCACAGCAAGGAGAUGUAAAUUGUGACGGGACGUCUGCGCAAGCCUGGAGCCCGUCUGCCAUUUUCAAUUUUGACACGCCAUGA